UGGAGUUCCAUGUUAUGGCUUCCUUCCUUUCACUAUAAAGCAGGUUCUAACCUUCAAUACAGCCAUUGUUGUGCAGCCUUAAAAUGUUUCAAAGACAGCUUCUCCUUUUACUCUUUCUACUACUGGUUUCCAUCUGCAAUGGAUUUCGACAUGUCAUAUUGAGCUCUUGCAAAGAAUGCUACAAAACGCUUGACAGUCCUCCUGAGCCAACCACAGAGGAAGCAGAGACUCUCCUCUCAAGAUGCUGGGCGAUCUGUGUUGACAAGCUUCCAGAGUAUUGUCCAUCCUGCUCAUUAGUCCCUUCAUUCCAAUCAUCACAGUGGAGCUCUCUCAACUAUUAUGAGAUCCGUAACUGCACUAUGUAUCAAAAGCUUGCAGACUGCCAAAGAGGAUGUACAUUGGCUCACUCAAAUAGAAGUAGUACUCCUGAUACAGCUAGCUGCACAAACCAAUGCAUAUCUCAGUGUCCUAAUGCAAGUAAAUACGACUCAGUAGACUGCAGUGUUUCAUGUGAUGAUCUAUGCUGUGAAAGUGGUUGUAGGGCAUACUCUGAAACGAAUGACUCUUUAUCACUGCCAUUGCCUUUGGAAGAACCAAAAUUAACCUCUACCACUACUUUAAUAGGGGAAGAUGGAACACAAAGGGAAGAUGGAGGACGAUUUGUGUAUAAUUUUAUGAUUGAUCAAUCAUCAAUGGAGAGUAGUGGGGAUGGGAUGAUAAGACAAACAAGAAUGACAACAUUUGUCUUCAAAAUAAAGUUUAAAAAUAAGACACAUUUUAUCUCAAAGAGAACCAGCACUGGCAUAUUAAACAUUAGAUAUCUCUCAUGCGAGGAAAAUGUCCAUAUCUCUUACAAAGCAGUGAUGCAUGAUAGCACAAGCAAUUACUCAGAGGAGACUAUUGUAAAUGUUGAUGGUAGCAAAGAAUUGCUUGGAUAUCCUGAACAAGUGAUGGGUUGGCCACCGGAGUCUAUUCAUGAUCAAUCCAUAGACACCUACUUUGAGGAUGAUUUGCGUGAAGGCUACACUGGACAUGCAGUUAGUUACUUUUCAUGGAUAAAACCAAACAACUCACAAUUUAUUAGUCAUUACCAAUUGAGGCUGUUAUCCCAGGAGAGUGACUGUGGUGGUGUACACGUUCUCUAUGAAUACUGCAUUGAUAGAGAUGCUACUAGCAUGAUAAUUGAGGCAAUAAAUAAUACACAUCCAUUGAUGUUUGAUUGCACGUACCUAGCCACUCUCAUUGUUUAUCCUCAAAUUCCAGGUAUUGCAACCCAGCAGCAGGCGAUAAGGGUAAAACCAGUAAGUGACCCAGUGGCGCCAAAGCUAUUUUGUCAGCGGGAGUUUCAGCCUGACGGUACGAUGACUCUGUACGCUACAUGGGAUGCAUCUUAUGAUGAAAAGUUAUUUGAGGCAAUGGAAUCGUUUGUUGUAACACUGCAAUUAUUUGAUAACCUAACUCAGAAUAUUAUUGUAACAGAGAUCUAUGAGCCGGAAUACAUUAGACCAAAAAUCAAUGAGACAAUUUAUGUUUAUCAGGCGAGAAAUAAGCGAGUAGUUAAUGAUCAUGAUCAACUCUAUAGAAUAUUGGUGACUUCAAUCAGUAACAAUCGUUUUCCAUGGAGGAAAAUGCCCCCACGCUCCGUAUGUUACCUGCAUACUCUAGCAGUCGAGCCUGAUGCCAUCAAUUCUAGUACAAUUGAGAUACGAAAGCUAGAAUUUACAAAUGCUAACUUGUUCUUAAACCUCUCGUGGGAGCCUUCACUAGCACCUAAUGGUAGAGUCACUAAGUAUAUGGUCCGUAUAGCAAGAAACUCAUUGCUUCCAUCAGAAUCAGACAGUCCAACGGAUUAUUCAUAUAAGCACGCCACUGACGGCACUGAGACUGAAGCUGUCGUGAACACGAGUGAGAUUUAUCAAAUAGACAAAGUUUCUUGCCUUUACCUUCAGAUUCGUUUAAUGAAUGAUUUCUUAUGGAGCAAUUGGACUAAGCCGGUCCUCCUGUACAAAUAUCCUGAUAAUCCUUUUUGUGACUUCACUCCAACUAUUGGUGUCACUAUAGAUACGACCAUUGAACCAGCUGAACAAAGACCAGUUGGAACUAUUGUUGGAGGAGUCUUUGGUGGCCUUUUCGGUUUUGUUCUCCUCAGCCUUUUUUGUACAGGGAUUUUCAUCCUCUGUAGGAGAUACAGGAGAAGAAAUAGAUACCUGGAAGCUUUCAAGGAUGAUGUCAAUUCUAAUGCUCUUUACAUCAGAGGGCCAAUGAGCCCAGCUGUUGUCUUCCCACCAAAAUCCCUUGACUCUCCAAGACUAGACGAGUGGGAGAUUCCUGCCAACCUGGUUGUUGUUGAGAAGAGACUAGGCGAAGGAUGUUUUGGAGAAGUGUUCCAGGGUGUUGUGAAGGGUCCCAUCAAUAACUCAAAAGUCCAGGCAUCAUUUAAGAACGCUAUAUGCCCAGUGGUUGCCAUAAAGCUACUUAAAUCCACGGCUUCAGGAAGUGAAAAGAUGGAUUUCCUACAGGAGAUAGAGACAAUGAAGUGCGUGGCAAAGGGGAACAAUCCUCACGUUGUGAAUAUGAUUGGCUGUGUGACCAUACAGGAGCCGCUCUGUCUCAUCACUGAGUUUGUUAAGCAUGGAGAUCUUCUCUCUUACUUGCAAUCUAUAAGAAAGAUGAUAGCAUAUAGACAAAACCAGGCGAGUAAUUCAGCCAAAACAGGGUCCAAAGCCAGCGAUCCUAACCCAUACAUGAUACCCUCACUGGAGGUUGAUUCUCCUUCAAGGAAAUCUGUAGUGUCAGUCCCGGAUGGACCUUAUUCUGAACUGGGGGAGAUCGACUCUGUCAAUUUACUAUCAUUUGCAUAUCAGAUAGCAUCAGGAAUGGAAUUUCUUGCCAGUUUGGGCAUAGUCCACAGAGAUCUCGCUUGUCGUAAUAUUUUAGUGGACGAUGGGAAGUCGCUCAAAAUAUCGGACUUUGGGAUGUCCAGGCUGGUAGCUGCUAAUGACGUGUACAUAAAGAACACUCGUGGGCGCAUGCCUUGGAAGUGGAUGGCAAUAGAGUCCAUUACCAAUAGAGAGUUCACAACAGCAUCUGAUGUGUGGGCCUAUGGUGUUACACUCUGGGAGAUAGCAACACUUGGUGGAUUUCCUUAUCCUACUAUUACUAACUCGGAACUGUUGGAGCACCUCCAGAAAGGAAUAAGACUGGAGAAGCCAGAAAACUGCUCUGAGGACGUGUAUAAAAUAAUGCUUGAAUGUUGGAAGAGUGAUCCUUCAGAGAGACUCUCCUUCACUGCUCUACGUGCCAAGUUUGACAGCCUCAUAUCCGGCCAGCAGGGGCAUGUCCCGUACAUUGAUCUAGACAUAGACGACUGUAAACCUUAUUACACUACCAUUGAUUCAGACAGUGAAGAAAAGCAAGCUAGCUCUGAUGCAGGCACUCUGACAUCCAUUGACUCAAUAUCUCCAUUACCUCGAGAGAUCAGUAGCACACGCUUUGAUGUUAUCCGUCCAAUGCUUGAUUCUAGCAGCGAAGGGCUCCCCCGCCCAAUUGAGAAUCCCUAUGUUGAUACUCCAACAAAGACCAAACCUCAUGAAGUGAGACUUGAUGAGGAUCAUGAUGUAUUUGAGUCUCCAUUGAAGAAAGGAGGAGGAGGCUGUAUGGCAGAAGUCGCUUGAUUGAUGAAAUGUACAGUUGACUUUGACUUUUUUUUGCAUAUAGUUCAUCACUAACUGUCACUUGCUUUUUUGUAUUAUACUGUACAAUAAUAAUAAUGAUUAUUAUUAUUAUUACUAAUAUUGAUAACAUUUGUGU